AUGAAGCUCUCCAAUCUUCCAAGGGAAUUAGAAGAGGAGAUACUCUUUAGGGUUCCGGUCAAAUCGCUGAGACUCGUACGAGCUACCGGCAAAAAAUGGUACCAUCACCCUUUGUUCAAAGAUCCAAGCUUCAUCAAAAGGCACUCUGAUAAGGCACCAGCAAGGAAGUAUCAUGAAGCGAUCGUGUUGCAUGAUUUUGGGAUCGAAACUAUGAGCUCCUAUGCGAUCAUGAAGAGUCACUUUAUCAGUUUCUUCUCAUCGAUCCCAUGGAUCCAACCGAGAAACGAUGGCAUGAAGAGUGACAAAAUCUACGCUCUUGGUUACGAUAACAAGGAGCUGUGCCGUAGCUACAAGAUCUUGAGGUCUCUUGAGGAUCAAACGGUGGAGAUUUACGAGUUUAAGUCUGACUCAUGGAGGACUCUUGAUGGCGUCUCUCCCGGUGGAAGCUUUGAGUCUCUCGGCGUGUCUCUGAAAGGGAAUGCUUACUGGAUCUCGAGAAAAGGAGGAGCCAAGGAGUACACUCUGCUGGAGUUUGAUUUCUCUACCGAGAAGUUUCAGCAUCACUACCUUCCCUUCCACGAAGCAGACUGUUUGGGUCCUUAUGUUCUCAAAGAAGCUCUGAACAAUCUGGCUCUCUCGGUUGUUAAGGAAGACCGUCUCUGUUUGUUCUAUGAGAGUUCAACGAAAGAACAGACGGAAAUAUGGAUGAGUAGUGUGAUUGGUGGUGAGACCGCGUCUGUGUCUUGGUCCAAGUACUUAGCAGAUGAUGCGACACCAUUCUAUACGAGGCACGUGAGUUUCUACGUGGACGAGGAGGAGAAACUUGCCACUUGCUUUUACAACCACGAACGACACAUGAUGUGUCUUGCCAAGGAGAUUGAUAUUCUGAAUCAUGAGGAAGACUUAACCUUGACGCAGAGUUACUUAGAGAUAAGGAAGAUUGGAACAACAGUGACAGUAGAAGAAGAAGAAGAAGAAAGAAGUCUUUGCUUCAUUCAUCUUCUCCUCUCUUUGCGUAGUUCUAAUGUAGAAUGA